AUGAGAGCCUUGGUGGCUGGAGAGAGUGGACGGGUGGAGGGUGUGGCGUCUUUGCUGGUGGCGGCUCACGCGGACCCUCGAGAGUGUUUGGGUUGUGUUGACGCGUCGGCGAUGACGGCGGUGCGGGAGGAGAAGGUGGUUUUUGCAACUUCGACAUCUGGUGAUGGGGCGCGAGUGCCAUGGGAGUUAUGUCAGAGUAAUUUGGAGGAGGUGGUAGAGAGUAGUCGCUUAACACGACGUGCGGCAGUUUGCUUGGCGUUGGAGAUCGUGAAGCAGAUGCGUGACCGGCAUGGAAAGGGAGUGUCUUUCCUAGAUUCGCUUAAUCAGGUCCGAAUGCCAGCAUUUCGUAACUGUCAGGCAACCGUACUGGUACGUCCUCGGCACGAAUUGCCAGACUGGACAGUCGCCUACGACCCUGCCGCUUGGGAAGUCAUCGAGACACAGGCCGUCAAACAGUUCGGUGCUGUCAUGCUCCAACUCGCCAGCAACGGCUGCGCUGUCAGUCAAGACAGCCUCCUGGCUCACAACCUACCCAUCCAAGGCUGCUGUGAUACUCCACCCGAACAGACUGUCAGUGAUCAUGAUAUACUUCACGUCUUCUCAGCCGCCGGCUGCAACACCUACGAAGAUGUGGAAACGAGGCUCAGGCACCUCUAUCGACGACUCACCGGAACCAACUACUCCCCACAAGCCUGGACCGUCACGCAACCUAAUGCGACCAAAUACAACCACACUACACCCAGCUGGUGGCCCUCACACAACUAG